GAGAACUGACGUCAUUGUCCUGCGACUCCAAAUUAACGUCUGUGGGAAAGCCGGGCUGUCCUGAGUGGGAGUGGCACCGAGCUGCAGGGUAUCUUAAAAAGAAUAUUUUAAAAAUGACCACACCAAACAAGACACCUCCUGGUGCUGACCCUAAGCAGUUGGAAAGGACUGGAACAGUACGGGAAAUUGGGUCACAAGCUGUUUGGUCACUCUCAUCGUGCAAACCAGGAUUUGGAGUGGAUCAGUUACGAGAUGACAAUCUUGAAACUUACUGGCAAUCAGAUGGCUCCCAGCCUCAUUUAGUAAACAUCCAAUUCAGAAGAAAAACAACAGUGAAGACAUUAUGUAUUUAUGCAGACUACAAAUCUGAUGAAAGCUAUACUCCAAGCAAGAUCUCGGUCAGAGUAGGAAAUAAUUUUCACAAUCUUCAAGAAAUUCGGCAACUUGAAUUGGUGGAACCAAGUGGCUGGAUUCAUGUUCCCUUAACUGAUAAUCAUAAGAAGCCCACUCGCACAUUCAUGAUACAGAUUGCUGUUCUAGCCAAUCACCAAAAUGGAAGAGACACCCACAUGAGACAAAUUAAAAUAUACACACCAGUGGAAGAGAGCUCCAUUGGCAAAUUUCCUAGAUGUACAACUAUUGAUUUCAUGAUGUAUCGUUCAAUAAGGUGACCUUAACACAGAACAAAAGUCAUUAUACGUACCUUUGUUUUAUCUUGUCAGUAAAUAUUAUAUCUGGAAUCUUUAUUGAAAAAAACAUCAGUUAUUUUGCAAUUUUGUAUGCAUUGAAGAGUAUUUUAUUGUAACUUUAACAAAUAAAUUUUGGGUCAUACUAUUUUUAUUUUCUUUAACAUAUAAUAAAGCUCACAUAUUUUACAUUAUUAAAAAAGUAUUUGAAGCCCCUCAUUAAAUUUUUCAUUAUAUCAAAAGAAAAACAAUUGAAGUGAGUAUUUUAAGAGAUACGCCAUUUUUAAUAACCAAGUUAUUAUUUCAUAUAGUGGUCAUGUGUUAAAGUAAUGAUUUAUUGCAUGUUUGGGAACAGUACUAUGUUCUAUCAAUUAAUAGGCCAAAAUUAUUCUUUUUUUCCCCCUCUCUCUAGAGGAAGCUUAUUCUUUUAAUACUGGGCCUUUUAAAAAAUAGUGUCAAAAUAGGCUUAGCAUUAGAUAUCUGAUGAGAACCAUUCUGAUUUGGGGAAUAUAGUUAAUUGUAUCAUAAUUACUUCCAUGAAAUACUUUUAAUCCCAGGGUUCUCUGUAUCCCGAUAUUGUGUCAGAGAUUGCCAGUAUCAUCUGCUAUUUAUUCUAAUGCUAGUGCUCCUUAUAGUAGAUUUUUUUUUUUUAAUUUGUGUCUGACACAGAAGCAUUCUCUGAGGGAUGAUAAUAUGUCUCAUAAAAAUUUUUAAAAUGUAUAAAAUUGUUCUUUGUAUAUGAAAAUAUUUUAAAGGAGCUUAAAUAUGUUUUCUUUCCAUGGUUUAAAAUGAAUAGAUUUGAUUCUGUAUGGUUUUUCUUUUUUUCCCCCAUAUCUACUACUUUUUAGGAGGAUGGUUAUUUAGCCACAGAACUUACCCAGAUUGGCUCUUAUGUUUAGGAAAGGUUCCUGGGUGGUUCUUGCAUUGCUUGGUAGACUGAAGUCUUGAAUAGUAAAGUUUUAGAUAUUUUUUUUUUUUUACUUGAAGUAUACUUAACAUAUAGUGUUCUAUUUGUUUCAGGGUGUAUAACAGUGAUUUGACAAUUCUAUACGUUAUGCAAUGCUCACCACAAUAAGUAUAGUUACCAUCUGUCACUAUACAGAGUUGUUGCAGUAUUAUUGAUUAUAUUUUCUAUGCUGUACCUUUCAUCUCCAUGACUUAUUUAUUUUAGAACUGAAAGUCUGUGCCUCUUAAUCCCCUUCACCUAUUUUACCCAUCCUCCUUAUCCCCUCCCCCAUAGCAACCACCAAUUCUCUAUAUCUAAGAGUUUGUUUUAUUUUUUAGACUAUGCAUAUAAGUGAAAUCAGAUGGUAUUUGCCUUUCUCUAUUUGACUUCCUUCACUUAGCAUUAUAGCCUCUAAGUCCCUCCAUGUUGUAAAUGGCAAGAUCUCAUUCUUUUUUGUGGCUGAGUAAUAUUCCAUUGUGUAUGUAUUUAUAUAGUACAUGUUCUUUACCUUUUCAUCUACUGAUGGACACUUGGGUUGCUCCCAUAUCUUGGCUAUUGUAAAUAAUGCAGCAAUAAACAUAGAGGUGCAUAUA